AUGACAGAAUCAAAUGGUGAAAACGGCAACAAUAUGCCACAACGUCAGGGUCAAGGUGCAGUUGAGUCAGCAGCCAGAAAUUUGGUGUCCGUGCUGCUUAACAGUAUGGCCACAAACUCAAACAGUAUGGCCACAAACUCAAACUGUCCAACACGGCCGUCAGAGACAGAGCUCCCUGUCCCUAGAAAUGUGCCUGUAACAGUGCAGCAAGAAAUGACAAGAUCUUUUCCAGGAUAUUUCAAAUCAAACUUCAGUCGUGGUAAAAAGAGGUGUUUGACUGCCACCAAGCAACUUGUAAAAACAAGCAAAACAACUGCUCUCAAUUUUUAUCUUCUUCCCAAAAAUACAUCCCACACACCGUUGCCAACUGAGGAGCUUGAACUCAUCCAGGCGGGUAUGGGAAGACAAACAGUGUCUCUUCCAGAAGAUGGUGACCACACAGAGUCCUCUGAAGAGGUAUGGAUUGUGGAGAACAAGUGCAAGGUGGUUUGUCCAAUUUGCACCAAAGAAUUCCCAGACGAUGAGAUCACAUUCCAUGCUAGCCUUUGUGGAGAAAGCACGGAAGAUAUAUUGGACUUCCUUGAACAUCAAGUUGACACCACAACAGAAUUUAAGUUGUGUGUGGACAGAGAAGACCUUCCAGACAGGGGCAUUCUGCAGUGGAAAAGAAAGAAAGCUGCAUCUCCUGCCAGUACUCUGAAGGUGGUGUUUAUAGGAAAGGCAGGUAUUGAUACAGGAGCCCUUAGGAAAGAGUUUUUAUCUGAUAUGGUUUCAGGUAUUGAAAACAGAUUCUUUGAAGGAGCUGGAAACCAGGGUAAAAAUCCCAAGUACUCAUUGACAGACCUUGAUAACGAGAACUUCAGAACUAUUGGUGAAAUAAUGGCAGUCAGCCUGGCACAAGGUGGCCCACCUCCUGCUUUUUUGAGAGGGUGGUGCUACAGCUUCCUCUGCACAGGAGAAGUGGACUUAAAUUCUCUGUCUAAGGAAGAUGUGGCCGAUCUAGAAUCCUGUCAACUCAUCAGCAGGGUUGAAGAUUCUGCAGAUGCUCAAUCUCUGAUGUUGAACACUGAUGAAAUUAUAAGCUGCGGAAACACGAGCCAGAUCAACCUGGACAGCAAAGAAAGUAUCAUUCGAGCAAUUGUCCUACAUUCAACUACAAGGCUGAUUCCAAUGCUGCAGAAAAUUCGAAAGGGCUUGGAACUGUAUGGCCUGGUGGACCAGAUGGCUACAAACCCUGAAGCUUGCCGCUCCCUGUUUGUUCCUGGGAACAUUAUUAAGCCUGAUGCUGAUUUCAUAAUGACGAGUGUCCAGCCCAAUUUCAGUGAAAAGGGGACUUCUAAGGAGAGAACUGAGAGGAAGAUUAUCAACUUUCUGCAAGAUUUCUUGCAGGAGGUUGAAAUUUCAGAUGGGGAGACAGAGAGGGCAGCUGGUGUCGCAGAGCCUGUUGCAGUGCCACACGUGCUCCAGUGGAUGACAGGGCAGGCCCACAUCCCUAUCCUCCCUGAUGAAAAGAGACGUUUUAAAAUAACAUGCAACUUUGACCAUAACUGCAGGGAGCGACUAGGAGAUCACUCAGUUUGCUACCCAAUUAGGAUGAUUAUUCCAUCCUCCAGUGAAGGUCUCAAGGUCUGCUCUGAGUCGAGGGACAAAUAUGUAGUGGGCACCAAAAAGAUGAACCUCAUCAGAGAUAUCAAGCAGACCGUCUUCCUCGAGAGAGUGUAG